AUGUCGUCACACCGUGUCCAGCCCUCAACAAGACCACUGGAAUUUUGCCCGAAUUGUGCUAGCUAUUUGACCAUCUUACCCCGUGCUACCGAUCCAGUUCAUGGAUUUCAAAACUAUUUUACUUGUCGAGCAUGUCUAUAUAUCUGUCUUGUGUCCGAAAGCGAAUCUUGCGAGGAUGAAUCUUGCAGCGACGAGACUGCUGACGACGAGACUGCUGACGGCGAGACUGCUGGUGACGAGACUACGGACGAUGAAGCUGUGGACGAUGAAGCUGUGGACGAUGAAGCUGUGGACGAUGAGUCUCCCGUGGAUCCCUUGAAGUCAUACAUACAUACCGCAGUCCAGGAGAUGCAAGAUAUCCAAGAUGGUCAAGUAACUUCACUCUUGGCUGAUACGAAAUUCCCCUCCCAGGCUUUGAUGCAUCCAAAGCAGGAUGAAGGUGUCUAUCUUUCCAACAUACCUCUAGGAAGGGUGGUUCAAUAUAUGAUCACAAAAGUUCUCGAGACAAACUCGCAAAAAAGGCGCUAUCAAGAUUUUGUCAACAACCCCGUUGUUCGGUGUCAAUUGAUUGGCCCCAACGAGCUGAUCAAGAUAGGGGGUGAUCCAGAGAGUGACCCCAACGCAGGAGUCUAUCUUCAUAUCCUUCUUAUACCAGGUCUUAUGUAUCUCUAUACUGGUCAAGAUGUCCUAGUCCGUGAAUGGGCUAUGGAGGUCCGAGAUGCCUACCAAAGUCUUCGAAAUCACCCUGAUUCAAGAGUUCAAGAAGUUUGGGUCCAGGGAUUUCAAAAAUUUCGAGAUGCCGCUGCGAAACGCCUUUAUUCUCACCAGGAUCGGGAAGAUAUCUCUAGCGAUCCCGGCCAUUCCCUCUAUUUCUUUGAAGAAGGGAGAUUGUCCUAUGGAAGGGGCGGUAAUCGAAAAUGGACUAUUGAGCUACAACAAAAGUCUUUUAAGAGUGCCCAAGAAUUCCUUUCCUCUGGGAAGCAAGUUGGAUUCUAUAGGACUGGUGAGAGGGGUAUAUUCAGUGUUUACUAUUCUCUUUACAAUAUCUCCCUUUCUACCGUUUUCCACCUCUUAAAGGGGGACGGGGAUACUAUCCCUGAAAAAAGUGGCUAUGUUCCGGGCAAAUCAGUUUUCCUGAAACCGAUUCUACUCACAAGACCAACCCCAUUACGGUAUACACAAACUGCCCUUCUGAAUGACCCAGCGAGCAGACUGAUUAUACUCGCGGAUAUCGAGCCUGGAGAUGGCACGGGUCAAUUCCACCGUUUAGAGACGAAUUCGGAGGUAGCCCCUUCCAAGUUCAACCGGCUUGUGGACCUUAUGGAAGGGAUUUGGUACGAGGAGUUAAGAUCUUUACCUCGUCGAUGGUUCCAGAACAAAUAG